AUUCUCUGCCUCUGUAUAUAAAAGAGUGGUGUAUGAAUUGUGCUACAGAAACUAUGUUCACAUGCUGGGGACACAGAAAGGGCUGGGGACUCACAAAGGGCCAUGUAACGUGCGCCCAGGGCAGUGGUGCUGAAACAGACUCGCAGAAACCUCGAGUAAAAAUUACAGGCUCCACCUCACUGCUCACACGGAGACACAUGCAGCGACUUCCUUCCCUUGUCCUGUUGACCCUGGCUGGGUUGUGUCUCUCAGCAGCUCUUCCACCAACAGCUGCUCCACUUUUCACUAAACCGUUUGUGGUCCUAUGGAAUGCUCCCAUCUACAAAUGCGAUCAACUGCAGGUCCGUCUGGACAUGGACGUGUUUCAGGCCAUCACUACACCAGCCAAAGUCCCGAACCAAACUCUGACUCUCUUCUACAAAAAUCGAAUAGGGAGAUUUCCUUACACAGAUCUUAAAACUCUGACACAGUACAAUGGUGGCAUUCCACAGAAAGGAGACCUAAAUGCCAGUCUGCAAAAAGCAAAAACAGAGUUCAACCAGUACAUUCCAUCAUCGGUACCUGGUCUGGCUGUGCUUGACUGGGAGGAGUGGUUUCCUUUGUUUGAUAGAAAUGCGGACUUAAGAGAGAUCUAUAAAUCGCUGUCCAUAAACUACACCCUUCAGCAGAAUCCAUCCCUUACAAGAGAACAAGCUACCCUGAAAGCCAAAGAGCAAUUUAAUGAAGCUGCCAGAAGUUUCAUGGAAGAAACAUUAAAGUUAGGAAUCUCACAAAGACCAAAUUUCCUCUGGGGCUAUUAUUUGUAUCCUGACUGCUACAACUAUGAUUAUGAGAACCCAAGCUAUACAGGGAGAUGCUCUCAGACAACAAUAGAGUUAAAUACUGAACUUCACUGGCUGUGGGAAGCAAGCACUGCCUUCUUUCCAUCAGCAUACAUGCCAGUUUCUAUAAGUACAACCCAGAAAGCAGCUCUGUUCAUCCGAAAUCAGGUUCUAGAAGCGAUGAGAGUGGCAGGUGUGCCUCGGAAGCCCUACACUGCUCCUGUUUAUUUAUACCUGCGACCUCUUUUGCAAGGACAGAAGGAGCAAUACAUGCAAGAGGUUGAUCUGAUUCGGAGUAUUGGUGAGAGUGCAGCUCUGGGGACUGCUGGAUGUGUGUUAUGGGGGUCUAGCUAUGAUUUUAAUGACAAGGCAUCAUGUGAAGCCCUGUCUACAUACCUGUCUAGCACACUAAAUAAGUACGUGGUCAAUGUUACAACUGCGGCUGAACUGUGCAGUGACCUGCUGUGUGGAGGGAAUGGACGCUGUGUCCGUAAAAUCUACGACUCUGACGACUACCUACACCUCAAUAUAAACAGCUUUAAUAUACAGAAGAUUGAUGGGAUGUAUAAAGUCUUUGGGAAACCUUCUAAAACUGACCUCACUGCCUGGUCUGACCAGUUCACCUGUCAGUGUUAUGAGGACAAGAAAUGCUCAGCUCAAAUUCCCUCUGGAUUUGAGUAUAGGGAGAGGAGUGUCACUGGACACCUGACAGUACUGCUUGCUGUGUAUAUACUAGGUGAAUUGUCAUAGUUUUUGAGAAAGUCACCCAUUUAAUAUUGAGGGGGGAUGGUGGUAGCUUAGUGGUGAAGGUGUUAGAUUAUUGAUCAGAAGGUUGUAAGUUCAACUCCCAAGCCCAGGACAUGGAACCUCCUGCAAAGCAGCUUUCUCAACACUGGUGAUUUUAAUGACAAGGUAAUUCCAUGUGUUUUUAUAAAGCUUAUUAGUUUUCAGUUCCAUUUUGUUGAAUAUAGAAGAGUGAUGAGAGAUACAUUAAAAAGACUGCUUUUUUUUAUAUGCCAUGCAUUUGUACUUUUUAUUCACAUGGUUUUCUUCACUGGGUUUAGCUGUACAAUAUUUUCUAUUCUUUAACACCUGACUAAACCCAUCCAACUGCAAUAAUAUUUAGAAGACAAGUGAGACAAAUGUUCUGCACCAAAAUAUUUAGAUGUCUCUUCAUAUGAUUAAUAUAAGGUUAAAUAAUGUAACUUUUCUAUCAUUUAUGUAUGUUCACCCAAGCCUUUUUUUUCUCAGGAUGAUAUGAUGCUUAAAGUAGAAUAUAUAUAUAUAUAUAGGUACAUAACAUUAUGAGCAGUGACCAGUGAAGUGAAUAAGACUGAGUAUCUCCUCAUCAUGGCACCUGUUAGUGGGUGGGAUAUAUUAGGCAGCAAGUGAACAUUUUGUCCUCAGAGUUGAUGUGUUAGAAGCAGGAAAAAUGGAUAAGCGUAAGGAUUUAAGCGAGUUUGACGAAGGGCCAAAUGGUGAUGGCUAGACCACUGGAUCGGAGCAUCUCCAAAACUGCAGCUCUUGUGGGGUGUUCCCGGUCUGCAGUGGUCAGUAUCUAUCAAAAGUGGUCCAAGGAAAGAACAGUGGUGAACCAGCGACAGGGUCAUGGGCGGUCAAGGCUCAUUGAUGCACAUGGGGAGUGAAGGCUGGCCCGUGUGAUCCGAUCCAACAGACGAGCUGCUCUUGCUCAGAUUGCUGAAGAAGUUAAUGCUGGUUCUGAUAGAAAGGUGUCAGAAUAGCCGCAGACCAGUCAGGGUGUCCAUGCUGACCCCUGUGCACCACUGAAAGCGCCAUCAAUGGGCACAUGAGCACUGGACCACGGAGCAGUGGAAGAAGGUGGCCUGGUCUGAUGAAUCACGUUUUCUUUUAAAUCACAUGGAUGGCCGGGUGUGUGUAUGUGUGUGUCACUAUGGGAAGGAUGCACUAUGGUAAGAAGGCGAGCCAGCGGAGGCAGUGUUAUGCUCUGGGUAAUGUUCUGCUGGGAAUCCUUGGGUCCUGCCAUCCAUGUGGCUGUUACUUUGACACGUACCACCUGCCUAAGCAUUGUUGCAAACCAUGUACACCCUUUCAUGGCUAGGAAAAUGAUUAUAAAUUAAAAUAAAUAAUAAAACAAAAACAGUAUUUUGUCAUUGUACAUAACUCAAGUGAUGUUUAACAUAAAUAUAAUUAAAUGUGUGAAUUUCUAUCAAAUUAAUAGAAAGUUAAGGAUUAUAUAACCACAGGAAUGUGCAACUCCAAUGUUUUAAUCAUUAAACAGGACAUAGAUUGCAGUCUGUUUAAUGUGUGUUUUGGGAGGAAAGCCACUCAUCAAGGUCACAUUUGGAGUAAUGGAGAAUGAAAGUCAGCUUGAUGAUAAGAACUUAAACUCGAUGGAAACUUCUGAAAAUAGAACAAGUAAAUUAGGUGUGAGGAGCAUGAUGGUGGGUUGCACUACAGCAUCACAGCUCCAGGGUCUCUGAUUUAAUCCUGGUUGCUUUGUUUGUGGAAUUUUGCUUGUUUUCCUAGAGUUUCCAACACCCUUAUGAGAUUUUAUAAUGCAGUUGGAUCACAUUAAUUCUACCUGAAUUGAUCAUAUUCACUCAUAGAAUUCAAACUAGUACAUUGUUUAAAUUUAUUAUAUUUAGUUUAAACUUGAACCUCCAGGCCUUCUGGUGGUCCAGCGGCAGGAUCCUGCGCUCUCAUUACCAUGGCCUGGGUUCGAGUCCCAGGGAGAGAGUUAACCCAGCCUCUGAAGAGUUAACCCUCAGUCCCUGUCCCAAGCCUGGAUAAAAAUGAGAGGGUUGCGACAGGUAGGGCAUUUGGGGUUAAAUCCUGUUCCAAAUCGAAACAUGAGGACCAAAGGAUCCGCUGACUCCAAACAGGGAGCAGCAAAAAGAACAACAACGGUAUAAACAUGAAAUCAUAUUUUAAUGAGAAAUAUCCAUCUAUCCAUCCAUCCAUCCAUCCAUUCUGUACGCCACUUAUCCUACUGGGCUUCAGGGAAUCUGGAGCCUAUUCUAGGAGACUUGGGGCAGAAGGCAGGGUUCACCAUGGACUGGAUAUUACUGGCAGGUCUAUUGCGGUCACAAUCCUACACACACUCAUUCACACACUACGGACAAUUUAGAGAGGCCAACUGGCCCACAACGCAUGUCUUUGGACAGGAGGAAGAAGCCAAAUACCCUGAAGGCAUGGGGAAAACUCCAUAGCACAAGUGGGAAUCAAAUCCCCAACACAUGGAGAUGUGAGGCAAACCACCAAUGAGUGUGUAUAUGUGUGUGCACACUGCUGUUCCAGCCAGGGUGUACUGCUGUAUCACAAUAAAGCAGUUAGUAAAGAUGAAUGUUAACUGUGUUAAUUAUUAACUGUUAAAUAUCACAAAAAUAUUUGCAUGUCAAUCAAACGCAAUAAUGACACACACACACAAGGUAAGCAAUUUCAAGCAACGGCACCUAGGUAUUCAUAAAAGCAAAUAUGACAACCUUUGAUAAGAUGCUGGAAAGUACAUAUAAUGCUGCAGGUUUUCCACUGCAGUGGGCUGCUUAUUGCCUUAUUCAUCUCAGAACAGAUUCAUUGGUAUGUUUGCAUGAUCAUUCUUUAAAUUGACACCAACUUUAAAAUAUUUUGGAUGUUUUAAUGCCUGCGUAUUAUU